AUGGAAAAUAUUACGCGUUUCUUCGUUUGCGUAGUAUUUCUUCGAGGUGCCCUUGCGGCCACUCUGAUUGCUUCACACUACAGCGGACAACUCUACACGCUCAACCUAUCAUCGACGAACCAACUCACGAUUGCAAGUUCAGUCAGCACGGGGAAUCGGAUGCCAGCAUGGCUCGACUUUGACCCUGCGUCGAAGAUUGUCUAUAUUCCGGAUGAAGUACAAUGGGGACAGCCCCUCCUAAAAAGCUUCUCUCUUGCAGCCGAUGGAAGUCUAACACCAAAAGGCCAAGUCCAGACCGCUGGCGGCGAGCUUCACAGCACGCUCUAUGGACCGAGCAAUGGCUGCAUUGCAACGGCACAAUACGAUGCGUCGACGAUUUCCACAUACGCCCUCCCAUUGAGCAGCUCAGGCCAAGCCUUGCAGAAACUGGUAUUCACAAUGUCUCAGCCAGGGCCAGUGCCGUCUCGACAGGAUAAACCUCAUCCUCACUCAGUUUUCACGGAUCCCACCGGAAAAUAUCUUCUAUCUGCGGACCUGGGAGCUGAUCUGAUUCGAGUAUUCGGCAUCAGUCCGUCAGGUAAUCUGACCCAAUGCCCAUCCUUCUCAACGGGAUCCGGGGACGGACCUCGUCAUGGAGCUUUCAGGACCCAGGGCAACGCGACAUUUUUGUUCAUCGUCAACGAGCUAUCAAACUCGCUGACGUCCUGGUCGGUAACGUAUCCGGCGGCCGGCUGCCUUGUGCUCGCAAAGAAGCAGAUGCUUUCCACGUUCCCUCCCGGAAAAGCUACCCCGGUUGGCUCCAAAGCGGCCGAAGUGCACGUCAAAGACAACUUCGUCUACGCAUCGAACAGGAAUGAUCGUUCCUUCGGUACUCAAGAAGACUCCAUCACGACCUACUCGAUCGAUGUCUCGACAGGCCAGAUCGCGUAUCUUGAGACAACGAGUGCUUACUCGUUCUUCCCCCGUACCUUCACCAUCAAUAGUGCCGGAACUAUGGUUGCCAUGGGUGGACAGACUAGUGCCAACGUCGCAAUUGUGGAGCGGAGCGUCACUACGGGUAGACUUGGGAAGCUUCUUGCCACUAUCAAGGUCGGGAACCCAGGAACUAUUAACCAAGAGGAUGGGCUGAGUGCUGUUAUCUGGAACGAGUAA